CUUCCGGCGCGCUAGGGGACGUGCGGUUCCGGGUCGCUGCUCCUCUCGCCGGCUGGCAGUGGGGGCUGGUGACGCGGGCGGGCGCUCACGAGAGGCCCCGGAGGCGGGGCUCUGCCGGCUUCCCAGAGAACGGCAGGACACAAUGGUUUGACCUCCAAGAUGUUUAAAAUCUAGUAGAUAAGCCAGAUACUGUGUUGCCAUAACCCCUUGGCCCACAUUUAAGUGGGACUGCAGCUAGCUUGGAUGUCCGAAACUUUUUAGGCAUCUGUGUCUGAACCCUGGUCCCUGGCCUAAGGACUCCUGAGAGCUGGUUAUUUGUGCAGAAUAGCCACACAGCAAAAAUGUUUGCAAAACUAAAGAAGAAAAUUGCAGAAGAGACUGCUGUUGCUCAGAGGCCAGGAGGUGCUACUAGGAUUCCACGGUCAGUGAGCAAGGAAUCGGUUGCCUCUAUGGGAGCUGACUCAGGAGAUGACUUUGCUUCUGAUGGAAGCAGCUCCAGGGAAGAUAUUUCAUCCCAGCUUUUGAGAAGAAAUGAACAGAUCCGGAAGUUAGAGGCCAGACUUUUUGACUAUGCUGAACAGGUCCGAAACUUGCAGAAGAUAAAAGAGAAGCUUGAAAUUGCCUUAGAAAAACACCAGGAUUCUUCCAUGCGGAAAUUUCAAGAACAGAAUGAGACAUUCCAAGCCAACAGAGCCAAAAUGGCAGAAGGACUGGCUUUGGCAUUAGCCAGAAAGGAUCAGGAAUGGUCGGAAAAGAUGGAUCAGCUUGAAAAGGAGAAGAGAUUUGUGACAGCUCAGUUACAGGAAAUAAAGAACCAAAGUUUGAAUCUUUUCCAAAGGAGAGAUGAAAUAGAUGAAUUAGAGGGGUUUCAGCAGCAGGAACUGAGUAAAGUAAAGCACAUGCUUUUAAAAAAAGAAGAAAGUCUGGGGAAAAUGGAGCAAGAAUUGGAGGCACGAACCAGAGAACUUAGUAACACCCAAGAGGAGUUGAGGACCUCAAAUCGGAUGUCAUCAGACUUAAGCCAGAAGUUAGAAGAAUUGCAGAGACACUACUCAACGCUGGAAGAGCAGAGAGAUCAUGUGAUAGCUUCAAAGACAGGCGCAGAAUAUAAGAUCAUAGCCCUGGAACAGAAGGAACAAGAGCUCCAAGCACUCAUUCAGCAGCUGUCUGUUGAUUUGCAAAAGGUCACUGCUGAAACUCAAGAGAAGGAGAAAGUGAUCACGCAUUUGCAAGAGAAGGUUGCAUCCUUGGAGAAGAGACUUGAACAGAAUUUAUCAGGAGAAGAGCAUGUUCAAGAACUCCUGAAAGAGAAAACAGUUGCUGAGCAAAAUUUGGAGGAUACUAGACAGGAGCUCUUGGCAAUAAGAAACAGCCAAGCCAAGGCCAUUAACACUCUGGAGUCUCAGGUGAAAGAAUUAGAGCAGACCCUGCUGGCCUCUGAGGAACAGUUGAAGCAGAGCAGGGAUGUCGCAGCUGCCCAGGAAGCGUACAUUCGGGAGCUGGCCGCCACCAAUAAGGAGAGCAACCAUGCACAGCAGCAGGCCCUGGCUCGGGAGAAGCAGCAUAUGGAGCACGCCCAGGCCCUGGAGGCCCAGAUUGCCUCCCUGGAGAGAGCACAGGCCUCUGAGCAGGCCAUUGCAGAGCAGAGGAUGAGAGAACUAGAGCAAGAAAAUACAUCCCUUAAAGAAAGCAGGAGUGAAUGUGAACGUGCUUUACAACAUCACCAGUUUGAACUAAAGAAACUGAAGGAGGAGUGGAGCCAAAGAGAAAUUGUGAGCGUGGCAAUGGCUCAAGCCCUGGAGGAGGUGCGGAAGCAAAGGGAAGAGUUCCAGCAACAGGCUACUAACCUUUCAGCCAUAAUAGAUGAGAAGGAGCAGAGUCUACAGGAAAAAGCUGAAUUGCUUCUCCAAAAAGAGCAGGAGAUUCUCCAGCUGCAGCAGGGUCACAAUUCUGCCCUGCUGCAGAUGCGCCAGCUGCAGGGUGAGCUGGAGGCCCUGCGGAGCCUGCGGAGCCUGCGGGAGGAAGAGGCCUCGGCGGCCAUAGAACAGGAGGACUUGUUGAGGCUGCAGAGUCCGGAGCAGGGUGAGGCGCUGUCAGCCAGCAAGCUGAGUGUGACCUCAAAAGCCAUGCAGGACCCCAUGUGCCAGCUUCCAGCUAUAGGAAGAACACCAAAUGGUGAGGUUGGGGACGUGGAUCUCAGGCAGCUACAGAAGGAAAAACAGGACUUGGAGCAGCAACUUGCAGAGAAAAAUAAGACCAUAAAGCAGAUGCAGCAGCGGAUGCUGGAACUCAGAAAGACCCUGCAGAAGGAACUGAAAAUCAGACCUGAUAAUGAGCUUUUUGAAGUCCGGGAGAAACCCGGACCUGAGAUGCCAAACAUGGCCCCUUCUGUCACGAAUAACGCUGACCUGACUGAUGCCCGUGAGAUCAACUUCGAGUACCUUAAGCAUGUUGUUUUAAAAUUCAUGUCCUGUCGAGAAUCUGAGGCUUUUCAUCUUAUAAAAGCUGUGUCGGUGUUGCUAAACUUUUCCCAAGAGGAAGAGAACAUGCUAAAGGAAACCCUGGAAUAUAAGAUGUCAUGGUUUGGAUCUAAACCAGCUCCCAAGGGCAGCAUCCGGCCAUCUAUCUCAAACCCUCGGAUACCAUGGUCCUAGAGGGAACUACCCAAGGAUGGAGCUCCAUGGGUCGACACUUUUUCUGUGAAAAGAACACUGACACACCAGUCUGGGUGGGUUUUUAAUCACUGUAACUGCAGUAUUUUAUACAAGCGUCUAAACAUUGUUUACAAGACUUAAGGCCCACUUCCCUGCAGGCUGACAUGAGCCUCAGUGGGUAGCUGAUCCUUUGUUAUUCUGGUCACCAAACAGGAGGGUCCUGACACUACCCAGAUUUCCACAGUGCUGUUAACAUUCUAGCUUUGGCCCAUAGCCCAUCUGCAUCUGAGUCCUCUUUUAAUGUUAGCACUCACAGCUAAAGCAGCCAGCACCUGUGAAACAACAGCUUGCUCAUCACGCAGUGAUGAUGCUGGAGGUGGAGAUGCCCUUUGAAACGGUGCCCAGCAGGCCAACCCCACCUGCUUCUGCCAGCAACAGCCAACUCACUGGGGGUGGCUUUUAAAAAUGCACAUGAGUUAGAAGAGGCUUUUUGUCCCUUCCUCUUAAGAAAAUAUUAUUUCACCUUGUUUGUUAAACCGCCUAGAAUUUUAAAUGUGUAUAUCUCUAAGGGCCAGUUGGAUUAAUGAAGAAUAUGCAACUUUCUGGCAGUAUCUCCGUUUUAUUUAAGAAAACUAGCAAAUACAUAAAAAGAUUCUAAGUAUAGUACCAAAUACACUCAAUUGCCUUUUUAAUGAAUGUACUUGUCUUGGAUAGGUUGCUGGUAAACCAUUUUAAAACUAUUUUUUAUAGCUAAAGUUCACUAUUAUAAACUUGUCUUCUGUAUUAUAAAAUUCAUUUAACUGGUGUUCUUAAAAAAAAAAAUCAGAGCAUCAAGAAAUUAUUUCUAAAAUUGGAAUUCCUGUCCCUUUGCAAUUUCACUAGCAUUCUGUGGCAUCUGCUUCUCUCUGAAGUGCUGGUGGCAUUUCAUUGCUUUGCUCCGGAUUCCAUGUUGCACUACCACUGAGCAAGUACUAAUAACCACAUUUCUUCUAUUUAAGGACAAUCUACUAUAUUCAACGGAAGCAGCAGCUGUCCCUUCCCCAAGCCUUGACCAAAACAUUGCAAUCAGUCUGCCUUGUAUGUGGGGCCACGCUCUCCCUCACUUUGCCCCCAAAUAUCUAAGAUGACACUACAUUCAUGUGUUACAUCCAGACAGCCCCCAGCUGGCUGUAAUACUUAAUGGCAUAUACAUGAUUUUGGAAGUGACUGAUUAAAACUUAAAUUCCUUCUUACUGAGGAAAGGGGAAGAUGCUUGUUCUGGAUAAGCCACAUCAUCAAAUCUAAAGGAAACUAUGUUUAUAGUUAGAUGAAAAUUUCACUGGUUAAAUAAAAAGCUGAAUAAAUAACCAGAGCUCCUAAAUUACCAAUUUUCCAGUGAUACUGUUUCUCAAUUAUGUUUAAGGCCAAAAUACAUGUAUAAAUAUAGCUCCCAGAAAAAACAAGUAUUUGCAGAGUUAAUCUAUUAAGUUUUUGUGCAGACCUGGGCAGCAUCCUCUUAGUCCCAACUCAGGCUCUCUGCCACCCAAAUAAACCAUUCUCCAGUGACCUACCUACCUCCUCAUGUGGCUCUUCAUUGCAACUAUCUGUCCCUUGUAUAAAAUGCUAUUUUCCAUUUACCUGGUGGGAACAUGAAACACGAGUCCCUUCUGUUCUGUAAUUUUGAUAAGAAAUAGCUUUUUUUUCAAAGUAGGAUUUCUUCCUCUUCAGCUGUUCCAGGGAAGUAUCCCUAAGAUUGGGUAGUUCAAGGUUUGCCAGAGGCAGCUGUGGCAAAUCUCUGGCAGCCUGGUCUGACUCCUCCAGACUCUCUGGCUUCUCCAGCCCUUGAGCUGGUCUCACCCCCGCCCCCAACUCCCCUGGCAGUUUUAGGUGUAGCUGUGGGGGCUGUUACUAAGUCUGUGCUCACUGAGGGAGGAUUUGCUCUGGUUAGGCUUUCCUCCUGCAUGUUAAUUUCCUUCAGCUUUAAGAGGAAGAGUGGAGUAAUAUUCUAAGUGAUUUAAUGCACUUUUACUUGUACAAAACUUUGUGAUGGACAGUAUAUAUAGCCCUUUAUAUAAGCAAUUGGAUCUUGACCUUCAGUGUUGUAAAUAUGGAUUAUAUUAUCUAAAACUGCUGUAGAAAAUUCAUUUGUGGUGCAAUACACUUUCUAAUUAAAGCUCUUCAAUCCAGAUGCAA